UGGAAAACUUAAUUUACUGAUAAAAUAACUUGGGUCAAAAAAUUAUUUUACAGUCAUGGAGAGACCGUGUUUUCUUUUCUGCCUGGCAGUUUUAGCAGUGGCUGCUGUCAGCGGAUGUCCUAUAGGGCGUGAAUUCAUCACAGCUUUCAUGACAAAUUAUGAGUAUGGACAAGCCAGUCUGAGCCUCACCAUAACAGCACACUCCUCUCCAGCAACUGUGAAAGUUGAGAUAAAGGCACUGAGUUACAGUCAGAAAUUUGACAUAGGACGAGGUGAGACCAAAAAAAUUGUCCUCCCUUCAAAUGCUGAAAUUAACGAUGAAGAAGUCUCCAGCAAAACAGUGUACAUCUCUUCAACUGCUGACAUCUCAGUCGUGUCGUCCAACUUAAAAGAUUACACAGGAGACAGCAGUGUGAUUUUCCCCAUAAGUCAGCUUGGCAGGAGUUAUGUAGCUUUUACUCCAGACACGGGUCCACCUAGAUAUCAAAAGCUGGUCACCAUAGUCAAUGGCAAUUACAUGAACAAAAUCGAGAUGACUUUCAGCUCAAAAAAAACUUUGCUUGAUUCCAUUUUUGGAAUUGGAACCUCCAGAAAAACAGUCUCUUUAGCUCCCUAUCAAGUUUAUCAACUUCGCAGUGAAAAAACGUUGUCGGGAACAAAAAUCACAUCUGUGUCUCCAGUGGCUGUCCUGGCAGGAAACGAGUGCUCCAUGAUCAUAGGCACCUGUGAGCAUGUCUAUGAGCAGCUGAUCCCAGUUGAAUUUCUCUCUAAUGAAUAUCUGCUUCCUGCUAUGCAUCAGUCCUUAAGCAUAGACACAGCUUUCGUGGUUGCCCCAGAGGACAACACUAUUGUGUCCAUUUUCGAUAGUCGUAUUUGGUUCCCCAAAAAAAGAAAGUUAAAUUCUGGAGAAGUUUUACCCAUUGAUUUGAGCAAAAAUUCUAAGAUCAUUCAAAGCAGCAAAAAUGUCAUGGUAAUGUAUUUCAGUAGCAAUUUUCCGAAUGACGAGUUUCUAACCAAUGUCAUACCCACUUCUGAAAUGUCAAAGUCAUGGACCAUUUACUCUCAAGAUUACUAUGAUAACACGCUUGUUGUUGUUGCCGAAGCUGCAUCAGCCUCAACUAUUAGUGGCUCAAUGAAGUGGAAAACAUUCCCUGCAAACAAUAAGUUUGUAUGGGCUACCAAGUCAAUUGGUUCGCAGAGAGGUCCCAUCACCAUUUCUGGUGAUUCGCUCAUGGCUGCUUAUGCUUUUGGUGGAAAAAUAAGGCAUGGAUAUGCCACAACAGGAGUGUGUAACACUGCCAUAACAACAACGCCCCCUCCACCAGACCCCUGUGAGACAAUGAAGUGUCGUCAGCAGGAGGAGUGCAGGAAGGGUGUCUGUGUUGCCACUUCCACUGCUACCUGCCAUGCAGUUGGCGAUCCCCAUUUCAAAACCUUUGAUGGGAAACUAUUUGACUUUCAGGGAACUUGCACAUAUGUCAUGGUCAACAGUACAAAGACUCAAAAAGGCCUCAUACCCUUCAGUAUCUUGACGAAGAAUAAUCACCGGGGAAGCACACGGGUGGCGUAUGUGAGGUCGGUUUCUGUGCUUGUGUACACUCACACAAUUGUGGUUGGCAGCCAGAAAGGAGUAGUAGAGUUUGAUGGUGAAAACACUUACCUGCCUUUGAGUAUAGAUGGUGGAAAAAUAAAGGUGAAUCAGAGAGGGCUGAAUGUUAUAAUAUCGACAGAUUUUGGCUUAGAGGUGAAAUAUGACUGGAAUAUGAUGUUGUACAUCACCGCUCCAAGUAGCUAUUUCCAGACUGUAGGUGGUCUUUGUGGAAACUAUAAUGGUGACAGACGAGAUGAAUAUAUCGAUCCUAAAGGCAACACACUCUCCAGUAUCAUUGACUUUGCAAAAACCUGGAAGGUUCCAGAUAAUGAUCUGUUUUGCAAUGAUGACUGUAAUGGACAAUGCCCAAGUUGCACUGUAAGUCUUCAGGAAGAGUACAAAAAAGAGUCAAACUGUGGUGUCAUAGCCAAAUCCGAUGGGCCAUUUGUUUUGUGCCACAACACUGUGGAUCCGCGCAUGUAUGUAGAUAAUUGUGUAUAUGAUGUCUGCAUUAACAAUGGGAUCAGAAACUUCCUCUGCAACAACAUUCAAAGCUACGUUGAUGCUUGUAUGUCAGCUGGAAUUAAGAUCACUGGAAACUGGAGGACACUUGCGAACUGUCCACUGAGCUGUCCAGUCAACAUGCAUUAUGAAUUCUGUGGCACAGCCUGUGCUGCAUCUUGUGCUGAUCGUAGUGCCCCAGACAAAUGUACACUGCCAUGUGUGGAGGGCUGUCACUGUAAUACAGGUUUUGUCCGGAGUGGAGCUGAAUGUGUACCUAUGAAUAAGUGUGGCUGCACAUACAAAGGCCGAUAUUAUCUUGCUGAGCAGUCUUUUUGGAGUGAUGCAAAAUGCACAGAGAAAUGUGUGUGCAACUCUCAAACUGGAAAUGUUGAAUGCACACCAACAAAGUGCAAGAAGUCUCAGAUGUGUGACACACGGAAUGGAGUGAAAGAUUGUUACCCAUUGUCAUAUAGUACCUGCCAGGCUGCAGGAGAUCCACACUUCCGCACAUUUGAUGGCAAGGCAUUUGACUUCCAAGGAACCUGCACAUAUUAUUUGUCCAAACUACUGAACACAGCUGACCCGACACUGAUACCCUUUGAAGUAUUGGUCAAGAAUGAGAACAGAGGAAGGAACUUGGCAGUUGCUUACACUAAGACUGUGUCCUUAAAAGUUUAUAACUACACUAUUGUCUUAAGUAAGGAUGACCCAUUCACAGUGAAGGUCAACAAUCUGUUUGUGAAUUUGCCAUUUGAGCAAAAGGAUGGUCUCUUCUCAAUAUUCCGCAGCGGGUAUUUUGGUGUUGUGAAAACUGACUUUGAUUUGACUAUGAAAUUCAAUUGGGACAGCCACGUAGCAUUGACUCUCCCCAGCACUUACUACGGUGUCGUGGGAGGGCUUUGCGGCAACUGGAACGACAAUAUCAAUGAUGAUUUUCUUACUCCUGACAAAACCCUUGCUGCAACUGCAUCAAUUUUUGGAACCAGCUGGAAAGUCCAGGAUGAUCCUGGAUGUUCAGAUGCAUGUCAGGGAAAAGCAUGUCCUAAAUGUGAUGUUGCAGAGAGAAAUAAAGACACUUUUACAAAGCCUUGCAGCAAGAUCACUGACAAACAGGGACCUUUUAAAGGCUGCCACAGUAAAGUGAAUCCAAAUCAGUUUUAUGAGGACUGUGUGUAUGAUAUGUGCAUGUACGGUGGCCAUUCAACAGCCCUCUGUAGUGCUCUUACUGCAUACACAGCUGCUUGCCAACAUGCGCUUGGUGCCGUGGAGUCCUGGAGAACUGACAGCUUUUGCCCUGCAUCUUGUAUGGACAACAGUCACUAUGUGGUUUGUGCAGCAGGGUGUUCACAGACCUGCCACGGCCUCACAGAACCUAAGGCCUGUGUGGGGACUUCUUGCGUUGAAAGCUGUAUAUGUGAUGAGGGCUUUGUCCUGAGCGAUGGUGUCUGUGUAUCUAUGGAACAGUGUGGCUGUUCAUACGAGGGCCUUUACUAUAAAAUGGGCCAAGUGUUCUUCCCUCAAGACAAGUGUCUCCAGAGAUGCACCUGCAAAGAAAAUGGAAAAGUUCAGUGUGAUGAUGGGUUCACCUGCAAACCCAACGAAAAGUGCCAAGUCCUGAAUGGAGUACAGGGCUGUUUCCCAGAUGGCAAAGCAGUUUGUUCAGUAUCAGGAUUUGGGUUCUAUCAAUCAUUUGAUGGAAGGUCCUUUAGCGUUCAAGGAGACUGUGAGUACAGAUUGGUUGAAACAGCUCUGGACAGCGAUGAUGACUUGAGCUUUUUUAGUGUCUUAAUAAAACAACAGUCCUCUGAGAUGGUCUUCACUCGAAGAGUUGAAUUACAAAUAGAAGAAUCCACAAUUACUUUGCUGCCCGGCCACAUCUGGGAGGUUCAGGUUGACAAAGUUAAAACCAAUCUUCCUGUCACUGUGGGUGAAGGACUUAUACAAGUCUAUCAGAGCGGUAUUAACAUUGUUGUGGAAACAGAAUUUGGAUUGAAACUGACAUAUGAUACAGUCUCCGUGGCCAGAAUUGAGAUCCCAUCCACUUUUAAAAAUGCAGUCAGAGGUCUCUGUGGAAACUACAAUGGAAACAGUGCAGAUGAUUUUCUCCUACCAGGUGGUAUUCAGGCAUCUUCUGAGGUAGAUUUUGUUGAAGCCUGGGUUUCAGCAUCAGAUAAAAUGAUGUGCCAAACAGGCUGUGGAGCUAACUGUUUAAAGCCUGACAAAGACAAACAGACCACAGCAGAGACCGCUUGCAGCUUGUUAAUCACAGAGAAGGGACCGUUUUCUAGUUGUUAUGAUAAAAUUCCACCACAGAAAUAUUUUGAUGAUUGUGUCAAAGAUGUGGCACAAGCAACAGACAAGACAGCUCAUUGUCGCCACAUACAAAACUACGUUGCCAGCUGUCAAACGAUUGGGAUAUCAAUCAACAUUUGGAGGAACACAACCUUCUGUCCACUGACAUGUUCUAAAAACAGCCACUAUGAACUCUGUACCGACACCUGUUCAUCUACCUGUGCAAGCCUGACAAAGUCACAGAGAUGCCCGUUGUGUCAGGAAGGUUGUCAGUGUGACGAUGGUUUCUUGUUUGAUGGAGGUGAAUGUAAGGCUUUGCAGAAUUGUGGAUGUCAUGUAGAUGGAACAUUUUACAAGUCUGGUGAGGCAGUUAUUCUGGGAGAGUGUGAAGAGACAUGCACCUGCACAGCUGGAGUGUUCACCUGUGUACCCAUGGAAUGUAAAGAGGAGGAGAUAUGUGGCGUAAAAAAUGGUGCUAUUGGAUGCUACAGCAAAACAAUAUACUGUCCAGUCAACAUGCACUAUGAGGCCUGCGGCACAGCCUGUGCUCCCACUUGUGCUGAUCGAAAUCCAGCAGAGUGUGCACUGCCAUGUGUGGAGGGCUGCCAGUGCAAUGCGGGUUUUGUUCGCAGUGGCGAUGAGUGCAUACCUGUGAAACAGUGUGGCUGCGCUUACAAAGGUCGAUAUUAUCUCCCUGGUCAGACAUUUUGGGGUGAAAAACAAUGCACAGAGAAAUGUGUGUGCAACUCCCAAACAGGAAAUGUUGAAUGUGCACCUGCAAAGUGUAUGAAUUCCCUGGUGUGUGGAGUACGGAAUGGAGUGAAAGAUUGUUACCCAUUGUCAUAUAGUACCUGCCAGGGUGCAGGAGAUCCACACUUCCGCACAUUUGAUGGCAAGGCAUUCGACUUCCAAGGAACCUGCACAUAUUAUUUGUCCAAACUACUGAACACAGCUGACCCGACACUGAUACCCUUUGAAGUAUUGGUCAAGAAUGAGAACAGAGGAAGGAACUUGGCAGUUGCUUACACUAAGAGUGUAUCAUUAACAGUUUAUGGAUACACAUAUGUCUUAAGUAAGGAAAGCCCAGGCAAAGUGAAGGUCAACGAUCUGUUUGUGAAAUUGCCAUUUGAACUGGAAGAUGGUCGACUCUCAAUAUUCUACAGUGGGUAUUUUGGCAUGAUAAAAACUGACUUUGGUCUGACCUUGAAAUUCAAUUGGGACAGCCACGUAGCAUUGACUCUCCCCAGCACUUAUUACGGUGUGUUGGGAGGGCUUUGCGGCAACUGGAACGACAAUAUCAAUGACGAGUUUCUUACUCCUAACAACACUCUUGCUGCAACGGCAUCCAUUUUCGGAACCAGCUGGAAAGUCAAUGAUGAUCCUGGAUGUUCAGAUGCAUGUCAGGGAAAAGCAUGUGCUUCAUGUGAUGUUGCAGAGAGAAAUAAAGACACUUUUACAAAGCCUUGCAGCAAGAUCAUUGACAAACAGGGACCUUUUAAAGGCUGCCACAGUAAAGUGAAUCCAAAUCAGUUUUAUGAGGACUGUGUGUAUGAUAUGUGUAUGUACGGUGGCCAUUCAACAGCCCUCUGUAGUGCUCUUACUGCAUACACAGCUGCUUGCCAACAUGCGCUUGGUGCCGUGGAGUCCUGGAGAACUGACAGCUUUUGCCCUACAACCUGUAAGGCACACAGCCAAUAUGAGGUUUGUGCAGCGGGAUGUCCACAAACCUGCAGUGGUCUUACAGAGCCCAAGAGUUGUAAAGGCACACUCUGUGCUGAAGGCUGCACAUGUGACAAGGGCUUUGUCCUUAGCGAUGGUGAGUGUGUGGCUGCACAGCAAUGUGGCUGUACUUACAAGGGCCAGUACUAUCAGUUAGGCCAAGUGUUCUUCCCUCAAGACAAGUGUCUCCAGAGAUGCACCUGCAAAGAGAAUGGAAAAGUUCAGUGUGAUGAUGGGUUCACCUGCAAACCCAAUGAAAAGUGCCAGAUCCUGAAUGGAGUACAGGGCUGUUUCCCAGAUGGCAAAGCAGUUUGUUCAGUGUCAGGAUUUGGGCUUUAUCAGUCAUUUGAUGGAAAGUCCUUCAGUGUUCAAGGAGACUGUGAGUACAGGUUGGUUGAAGCAGUUCAGAUUCAGGAUGUAAAGAGCUCUUUCAGUGUCUUAAUAAAACAACAGUCCUCUGAGAUGAUCUUCACUCGAAAAGUUGAAAUACAGUUACAGCAAUCUACAAUUACUUUGCUGCCCGGCCACAUCUGGGAGGUUCAGGUUGACAAAGUUAAAACCAAUCUUCCUGUCACUGUGGGUGAAGGACUUAUACAAGUCUAUCAGAGCGGUAUUAACAUUGUUGUGGAAACAGAAUUUGGAUUGAAACUGACAUAUGAUACAGUCUCCGUGGCCAGAAUUGAGAUCCCGUCCACUUUUAAAAAUGCAGUCAGAGGUCUCUGUGGAAACUACAAUGGAAACAGUGCAGAUGAUUUUCUCCUUCCAGGUGGUAUUCAGGCAUCUUCUGAGGUAGAUUUUGUUGAAGCCUGGGUUUCAGCAUCAGAUAAAAUGAUGUGCCAAACAGGCUGUGGAGCUAACUGUUUAAAGCCUGACAAAGACAAACAGACCACAGCAGAGACCGUUUGCAGCUUGUUAAUCACAGAGAAGGGACCGUUUUCUAGUUGUUAUGAUAAAAUUCCACCACAGAAAUAUUUUGAUGAUUGUGUCAAAGAUGUGGCACAAGCAACAGACAAGACAGCUCAUUGUCGCCACAUACAAAACUACGUUGCCAGCUGUCAAGCGAUUGGGAUAUCAAUCAACAUUUGGAGGAACACAACCUUCUGUCCACUGACAUGUUUUAAAAACAGCCACUAUGAACUCUGUACCGACACCUGUUCAUCUACCUGUGCAAGCCUGACAAAGUCACAGAGAUGCCCGUUGUGUCAGGAAGGUUGUCAGUGUGACGAUGGUUUCUUGUUUGAUGGAGGUGAAUGUAAGGCUUUGCAGGAUUGUGGCUGUCAUGUAGAUGGAACAUUUUACAAGUCUGGUGAAGCAGUUGUUCUGGGAGAGUGUAAAGAGACAUGCACCUGCACAGCUGGAGUGUUCACCUGUGUACCCAUGGAAUGUAAAAAAGAGGAGAUUUGUGACAUAAAAGAGGGUGCCGUUGGAUGUUACAGCAAAAAAACAUACUGUCCAGUCAACAUGCACUAUGAGGCCUGUGGCACAGCCUGUGCUCCCACUUGUGCUAAUCGAGAUGGUCCAGAAAAGUGUGCACUGCCAUGUGUGGAGGGCUGCCAGUGCAAUGCGGGUUUUGUUCGCAGUGGUGAUGAGUGCAUACCUGUGAAACAGUGUGGCUGCGCUUACAAAGGCCAAUAUUAUCUUCCUGGUCAGACAUUUUGGGGUGAAAAACAAUGCACAGAGAAAUGUGUGUGUAACUCCCAAACAGGAAAUGUUGAAUGUGCACCUGCAAAGUGUUUGAAUUCCCUGGUGUGUGGAGUUCGGAAUGGAGUGAAAGAUUGUUACCCAUUGUCAUAUAGUACCUGCCAGGGUGCAGGAGAUCCACACUUCCGCACAUUUGAUGGCAAGGCAUUCGACUUCCAAGGAACCUGCACAUAUUAUUUGUCCAAACUACUGAACACAGCUGACCUGACACUGAUACCCUUUGAAGUAUUGGUCAAGAAUGAGAACAGAGGAAGGAACUUGGCAGUUGCUUACACUAAGAGUGUAUCAUUAACAGUUUAUGGAUACACAAUUGUCUUAAGUAAGGAAAGCCCAGGCAAAGUGAAGGUCAACGAUCUGUUUGUGAAAUUGCCAUUUGAACUGGAAGAUGGUCGACUCUCAAUAUUCUACAGUGGGUAUUUUGGUAUGAUAAAAACUGACUUUGGUCUGACCUUGAAAUUCAAUUGGGACAGCCACGUAGCAUUGACUCUCCCCAGCACUUAUUACGGUGUGUUGGGAGGGCUUUGCGGCAACUGGAACGACAAUAUCAAUGACGAGUUUCUUACUCCUAACAACACUCUUGCUGCAACGGCAUCCAUUUUCGGAACCAGCUGGAAAGUCAAGGAUGAUCCUGGAUGUUCAGAUGCAUGUCAGGGAAAAGCAUGUGCUUCAUGUGAUGUUGCAGAGAGAAAUAAAGACACUUUUACAAAACCUUGCAGCAAGAUCACUGACAAACAGGGACCUUUUAAAGGCUGCCACAGUAAAGUGAAUCCAAAUCUGUUUUAUGAGGAUUGUGUGUAUGAUAUGUGCAUGUACGGUGGCCAUUCAACAGCCCUCUGUAGUGCUCUUACUGCAUACACAGCUGCUUGCCAACAUGCACUUGGUACCGUGGAGUCCUGGAGAACUGACAGCUUUUGCCCUACAACCUGUAAGGCACACAGCCACUAUGAGGUUUGUGCAGCGGGAUGUCCACAGACCUGCAGUGGUCUUACAGAGCCCAAGAGUUGUAAAGGCACACUCUGUGCUGAAGGCUGCACAUGUGACAAGGGCUUUGUCCUUAGCGAUGGUGAGUGUGUGGCUGCACAGCAAUGUGGCUGUACUUACAAGGGCCAGUACUAUCAGUUGGGCCAAGUGUUCUUCCCUCAAGACAAGUGUCUCCAGAGAUGCACCUGCAAAGAAAAUGGAAAAGUUCAGUGUGAUGAUGGGUUCACCUGCAAACCCAAUGAAAAGUGCCAGAUCCUGAAUGGAGUACAGGGCUGUUUCCCAGAUGGCAAAGCAGUUUGUUCAGUGUCAGGAUUUGGGCUUUAUCAGUCAUUUGAUGGAAAGUCCUUCAGUGUUCAAGGAGACUGUGAGUAUAGGUUGGUUGAAGCAGUUCAGAUUCAGGAUGUAAAGAGCUCUUUCAGUGUCUUAAUAAAACAACAGUCCUCUGAGAUGGUCUUCACUCGAAAAGUUGAAAUACAGUUACAGCAAUCCACAAUUACUUUGCUGCCCGGCCACAUCUGGGAGGUUCAGGUUGACAAAGUUAAAACCAAUCUUCCUGUCACUGUGGGUGAAGGACUUAUACAAGUCUAUCAGAGUGGUAUUAACAUUGUUGUGGAAACAGACUUUGGAUUGAAACUGACAUAUGAUACAGUCUCCGUGGCCAGAAUUGAGAUCCCAUCCACUUUUAAAAAUGCAGUCAGAGGUCUCUGUGGAAACUACAAUGGAAACAGUGCAGAUGAUUUUCUCCUACCAGGUGGUAUUCAGGCAUCUUCUGAGGUAGAUUUUGUUGAAGCCUGGGUUUCAGCAUCAGAUAAAAUGAUGUGCCAAACAGGCUGUGGAGCUAACUGUUUAAAGCCUGACAAAGACAAACAGACCACAGCAGAGACCGUUUGCAGCUUGUUAAUCACAGAGAAGGGACCGUUUUCUAGUUGUUAUGAUAAAAUUCCACCACAGAAAUAUUUUGAUGAUUGUGUCAAAGAUGUGGCACAAGCAACAGACAAGGCAGCUCAUUGUCGCCACAUACAAAACUACGUUGCCAGCUGUCAAGCGAUUGGGAUAUCAAUCAUUGUUUGGAGGAACACAACCUUCUGUCCACUGACAUGUUUUAAAAACAGCCACUAUGAACUCUGUACCGACACCUGUUCAUCUACCUGUGCAAGCCUGACAAAGUCACAGAGAUGCCCGUUGUGUCAGGAAGGUUGUCAGUGUGACGAUGGUUUCUUGUUUGAUGGAGGUGAAUGUAAGGCUUUGCAGGAUUGUGGAUGUCAUGUAGAUGGAACAUUUUACAAGUCUGGUGAAGCAGUUGUUCUGGGAGAGUGUAAAGAGACAUGCACCUGCACAGCUGGAGUGUUCACCUGUGUACCCAUGGAAUGUAAAAAAGAGGAGAUUUGUGACAAAAAAGAGGGUGCCGUUGGAUGUUACAGCAAAAAAACAUACUGUCCAGUCAACAUGCACUAUGAGGCCUGUGGCACAGCCUGUGCUCCCACUUGUGCUAAUCGAGAUGGUCCAGAAAAGUGUGCACUGCCAUGUGUGGAGGGCUGCCAGUGCAAUGCGGGUUUUGUUCGCAGUGGUGAUGAGUGCAUACCUGUGAAACAGUGUGGCUGCGCUUACAAAGGCCAAUAUUAUCUUCCUGGUCAGACAUUUUGGGGUGAAAAACAAUGCACAGAGAAAUGUGUGUGUAACUCCCAAACAGGAAAUGUUGAAUGUGCACCUGCAAAGUGUUUGAAUUCCCUGGUGUGUGGAGUUCGGAAUGGAGUGAAAGAUUGUUACCCAUUGUCAUAUAGUACCUGCCAGGGUGCAGGAGAUCCACACUUCCGCACAUUUGAUGGCAAGGCAUUCGACUUCCAAGGAACCUGCACAUAUUAUUUGUCCAAACUACUGAACACAGCUGACCUGACACUGAUACCCUUUGAAGUAUUGGUCAAGAAUGAGAACAGAGGAAGGAACUUGGCAGUUGCUUACACUAAGAGUGUAUCAUUAACAGUUUAUGGAUACACAAUUGUCUUAAGUAAGGAAAGCCCAGGCAAAGUGAAGGUCAACGAUCUGUUUGUGAAAUUGCCAUUUGAACUGGAAGAUGGUCGACUCUCAAUAUUCUACAGUGGGUAUUUUGGCAUGAUAAAAACUGACUUUGGUCUGACCUUGAAAUUCAAUUGGGACAGCCACGUAGCAUUGACUCUCCCCAGCACUUAUUACGGUGUGUUGGGAGGGCUUUGCGGCAACUGGAACGACAAUAUCAAUGACGAGUUUCUUACUCCUAACAACACUCUUGCUGCAACGGCAUCCAUUUUCGGAACCAGCUGGAAAGUCCAGGAUGAUCCUGGAUGUUCAGAUGCAUGUCAGGGAAAAGCAUGUCCUAAAUGUGAUGUUGCAGAGAGAAAUAAAGACACUUUUACAAAACCUUGCAGCAAGAUCACUGACAAACAGGGACCAUUUAAAGGCUGCCACAGUAAAGUGAAUCCAAAUCAGUUUUAUGAGGAUUGUGUGUAUGAUAUGUGUAUGUACGGUGGCCAUUCAACAGCCCUCUGUAGUGCUCUUACUGCAUACACAGCUGCUUGCCAACAUGCACUUGGUACCGUGGAGUCCUGGAGAACUGACAGCUUUUGCCCUACAACCUGUAAGGCACACAGCCACUAUGAGGUUUGUGCAGCGGGAUGUCCACAGACCUGCAGUGGUCUUACAGAGCCCAAGAGUUGUAAAGGCACUCUCUGUGCUGAAGGCUGCACAUGUGACAAGGGCUUUGUCCUUAGCGAUGGUGAGUGUGUGGCUGCACAGCAAUGUGGCUGUACUUACAAGGGCCAGUAUUAUCAGUUAGGCCAAGUGUUCUUCCCUCAAGACAAGUGUCUCCAGAGAUGCACCUGCAAAGAAAAUGGAAAAGUUCAGUGUGAUGAUGGGUUCACCUGCAAACCCAAUGAAAAGUGCCAGAUCCUGAAUGGAGUACAGGGCUGUUUCCCAGAUGGCAAAGCAGUUUGUUCAGUGUCAGGAUUUGGGCUUUAUCAGUCAUUUGAUGGAAAGUCCUUCAGUGUUCAAGGAGACUGUGAGUAUAGGUUGGUUGAAGCAGUUCAGAUUCAGGAUGUAAAGAGCUCUUUCAGUGUCUUAAUAAAACAACAGUCCUCUGAGAUGGUCUUCACUCGAAAAGUUGAAAUACAGUUACAGCAAUCCACAAUUACUUUGCUGCCCGGCCACAUCUGGGAGGUUCAGGUUGACAAAGUUAAAACCAAUCUUCCUGUCACUGUGGGUGAAGGACUUAUACAAGUCUAUCAGAGUGGUAUUAACAUUGUUGUGGAAACAGACUUUGGAUUGAAACUGACAUAUGAUACAGUCUCCGUGGCCAGAAUUGAGAUCCCAUCCACUUUUAAAAAUGCAGUCAGAGGUCUCUGUGGAAACUACAAUGGAAACAGUGCAGAUGAUUUUCUCCUACCUGAUGGUAUUCAGACAUCUUCUGUGGAAUACUUUGCUGAAGCCUGGGUUUCGCCAUCAGAUAAAAUGAUGUGCCAAACAGGCUGUGGAGCUAACUGUUUAAAGCCUGACAAAGACAAACAGACCACAGCAGAGAUCGCUUGCAGCUUGUUAAUCACAGAGAAGGGACCGUUUUCUAGUUGUUAUGAUAAAAUUCCACCACAGAAAUAUUUUGAUGAUUGUGUCAAAGAUGUGGCACAAGCAACAGACAAGACAGCUCAUUGUCGCCACAUACAAAACUACGUUGCCAGCUGUCAAGCGAUUGGGAUAUCAAUCAUUGUUUGGAGGAACAUAACCUUCUGUCCAAUCAUGUGUUUGGCAAACAGUCACUAUGAGCUUUGUACAGACACCUGUUCUUCAACUUGUGCUAGCCUGACAAACUCACAGAAAUGUCCACCAUGCCAGGAGGGAUGUCAAUGUGAUGAUGGCUUCUUGUUUGAUGGAGGUGAAUGCAAGGCUUUCCAGGACUGUGGCUGUCAAGUAGGUGGAAGGUUUUACAAGUCUGAUGAGACAGUCGUUCGGGGAGAGUGUGAGGAGACAUGCCUCUGCAAAGCUGGAUUAUUCACCUGUGAACCCUUGAAAUGUGAUGCUGAUCAGAUCUGUGAUAAUAUAGAAGGCAUCACCGGAUGCUACAAGAAAGAUCCUUGCAGUAAGCAACAGUGUCGAGAACAAGAGUACUGCACUGUGAAGGAUAACAAGGCACUCUGCAUCGCAAAGUCAAAAGCCUCUUGCAUUGCCAAGGGAGAUCCUCAUUACAAAACCUUUGAUGGAAACCACUUCUCCUUUCAGGGAACUUGCACAUAUACUUUAGUUAAAACUUCAGGAAAAGACCAAACACUUACACCAUUCAGCAUCAUCAAUAAAAAUGAGUUCACCAAAGGCACCCGCGGCUCUUUUGUCAAGUCAGCCACCAUUACGGUCAGAGGACAUGACAUCACUUUCAUCCAAGGCAGCCGCAAUCAUGUGACAGUUGAUGGCGUAGUUUCACAUCUUCCAGUGAUCUUAAAUACUGAAGGCAUCAGCAUAAUUCUGUCACGCAAUGUAGGAGUUCUUCAAACAGAUUUUGGCUUGGAGGUCAUGUUUAAUUGGGCAGAUACCAUUAUGGUGACAUUGUCCAGUAGCUACUAUAAUAAUGUAGUUGGAAUGUGUGGAACCUACAGUAACAAACUGGACGAUGAUUAUAUCACACCCAAUGGUAACAGAAUAACUGACAUCACAGAAUGGGCGACGUCUUGGAGUGUCCCUGAAACCAACAGCAACUGCUGGCACUUUCCCCCUUGCUCGGAUGAAAAGAAGCUGCUCUAUAGCGGACAAAGCUACUGUGGUUUGAUAGAGAAUGUAACCGGCCCAUUUGCCCAAUGCCAUGACAUUAUAUCAAAGAGGCGUUUCGCUGCUGACUGCCUUUUCCAAAUGUGUCUUAAUGAAGGCAGUCAGAAGGCUUUCUGCAAUGCCUUCAAUAAUUAUGUGUCAGCGUGUGCGCUGGUAAAUGCUGAUGUCUCUCCAGACUGGAAGAAGCUUGCUAAUUGCUGAUGAAUUUUGUUUUCUUCGCCGGACUGCUUACAUCCCAAAAAACAGUGAAUAUGAUUAUGAAUUAAUAAAUUAAAUUUGGUUGUGAAUUCAAAAUGAAUGUAUUCACUCACAAUAUAAUGUCUCAGAUUUUAUUAUUACAUAUGUGAUAUGGUGUUUAAAAGGCAUGUUUAAGUCUUGUUUUUUUUUUCUUAAAGAAAUACAUGAGUGCCAGCUUGUCCUGUUCAGAAAUCAGUUAAUUAUUAAUCUUGGGUAAAAUUGAUUUGUUUCAAAAGUAGAUGUAUUCUUUUAAAUGCCUCGUUACUUAUUAAACUCUUGCAUCAUUAAGC